AUGGCUGAUUCGAGAAAACACCGCAAAACUCGUCUAAUUCUUCCACUUCGACUAUGGAUUGGCAAGAAACUCUUUGGAUCAGGAGGACGACAUGGAGUCCGUGUCAGCCCUAGCAGAAUGAUCAAAGGGCCCUGUCCCAAGUCGGAGCUAGAGGCCAUGAAUUACGUCGCUGAGCAUACAUCAAUUCCUGUGCCUAAAAUAUUCAACACCCACUAUUACGAUGAUGGUCUCUAUAUCGAAAUGGAGUAUGUCCGUGGAAUGAGCCUCCAAGCAGCAUGGUGCCACGGUCAUCUCUCGCAAGACCAGAAAAAACACAUCAUCACUGAGGUUGCGGGCUACAUCCGUCAACUUCGGAAUCUAGAGCCUCCGCGAGAAGGGAUAGUUGCAUCCGCAAGCUUACACGAGAUACGGGAUCACCGAGUCGGGCCUUAUGGUUUUGGGCCGUUUACGAGUCAUGAAGAGUUCCACUCAUACCUUCGAGCGAACAUUACGAUUGAGGAAUGGAACGAAGAUCUCGACCCAGAAGUCACCAAAUGCCACUCCCGUCGCUAUCGAAGCUGCUUCACCCACGCACAUCUCGCCCCUUGGAAUAUCAUGGUGGACAACGGGAAGGUCUCUGCGAUCGUUGAUUGGAAAUUUGGCGGCUGGUACCCAGAAUACUGGGAGUAUACUAAGGCACACUACUUUCCGAUGGAUCGGCCAGAGUGGUAUGAUGGAUUGAAGAAUGCUAUGGGGGGAUAUGACGACGAGCUCGAAGCGGAAAGAUAUCUCUGGAGGCGAUUGGAGAAUCCACAAGCUUUAUUGCAAGGGAGAGUGCAUUCUGAUGUGUAG